CGGGCCUGGCCAUUCGCGACCCGGAGCUGCGCGGGCGCGAGCGAGCAGGGGCUCCGGGCGGGCGGUGGACGCGGCGGCGCCCCGCGCAGGCUGGAGGCCGCCGAGGCUCGCCAUGCCAGGAGCACUCUAGCUGUCCCAUGGAGUCGGCCGACUUCUACGAGGCGGAGCCGCGGCCCCCGAUGAGCAGCCACCUCCAGAGCCCCCCGCACGCGCCCAGCAGCGCCGCCUUCGGCUUCUCCCGGGGCGCGGGCCCCGCGCAGCCCCCUGCCCUACCUGCCGCCCCGGAGCCGCUGGGCGGCAUCUGCGAACACGAGACGUCCAUCGACAUCAGCGCCUACAUCGACCCGGCCGCCUUCAACGACGAGUUCCUGGCCGACCUGUUCCAGCACAGCCGGCAGCAGGAGAAGGCCAAGGCGGCCGCGGCCCCCGCGGGAGCAGGCGGCGACUUUGACUACCCGGGUGCCCCGGCGGGCCCGGGAGGCGCCGUCAUGUCCGGGGGUGCGCACGGGCCCCCGCCCGGCUACGGCUGCGCGGCGGGCGGCUACCUGGACGGCAGGCUGGAGCCCCUGUACGAACGCGUCGCGGUGCCCGCGCUGCGGCCGCUGGUGAUCAAGCAGGAGCCCCGCGAGGAGGACGAGGCGAAGCAGCUGGCGCUGGCUGGCCUCUUCCCCUACCAGGCACCGCCGCCGCCGCCGCCGCCGCACGCUCACCCCGCCGCCGGCCUGCCGGGCCCGGGUGGCGCGCUCAAGGGGCUGUCGUCCGCGCACCCUGACCUCCGCACGGGCGCGGGCAAGGCCAAGAAGUCGGUGGACAAGAACAGCAACGAGUACCGGGUGAGGCGCGAGCGCAACAACAUUGCCGUGCGCAAGAGCCGGGACAAGGCGAAGCAGCGCAACGUGGAGACGCAGCAGAAGGUGCUGGAGCUGACCAGUGACAAUGACCGCCUGCGUAAGCGGGUGGAACAGCUAAGCCGCGAACUGGACACGCUGCGGGACAUCUUCCGCCAGCUGCCAGAGAGCUCCUUGGUCAAGGCCAUGAGCAACUGCGCGUGAGGCACGCGGCAGCGGACCGCCGCAGGCCGGCCCUUGGCGGGGACCCGGGGAGUGGUUUCGGGUCGUUGGAUCUCAAGGCUACCCCGGCCGUGCGAGCCAGGACUAAGACAUUCGGUGCCGCCUGAAAGCCUGGCCUGCUCCGCGUGUCCCUUCCCUUUCUCUGAGCCGGACUCGGUGCGUUUAAGAUGAGGGAAUGAGACGGGGGUUUCUCCCUGCGACGGGAGAACUCUUGGGGCCGAGCUCUAGUGUUAAGGAAUAACUUUGUGCCUUGGAAAUGCAAACUCGCUCUGAUUCCUACCGAGUAGGGGGAGCAAACACGUGCCUUGAUAUUUUAUUUGGAGGGUUCCUGCCUCCUCUGAGGCUGCAGGAAGCCUCCAGGAGAGAAGGCAGGGUGUUGGCCCAUCAGGAAGCUGAGAUCCUAACCAUCCAGCCCCAACCGCUCCUCUGUGCCCGUCCAGAGAGGGGAGGAACUUAAGGAGUUGGGGCUUCGAACCUAAGGUUUACCCCCUAGUUCUAUACGGAGGUGGCAGGUCCAGAGAUUUCCUGUUUCUCCCACCGCCACCCCCACCCCAUCUCUCCCUCCAACAGGCCGGUCCUCUUAGGUUAGCACUCGCCGGGUGACUCGCAGGAGACCCCCACGCCACCUCCUACUGGAAGGCUAGGUCCUGAGUUAGCCCUAAGGACUUGUGUUCUAGGGGGUGGUGACCUGGUGGAAGAGGGUAACCUGGGGAUGUGGUCUCGGGGUGGGAGGGUCAAGGGAUACUGGGACCAUCAGCCCUGUCUGUACUGUAUGUAGCCAGCAUUGCCGUACAAACAUGAAGCACAAUCAGCCCAUCCCAGAGGGACCGGAGUUAUGACAAGCUUUCCAAAUAUUUUGCUUUAUCAGCCGAUAUCAACAUUUGUAUCUGGCCUCUGUGUCCCAGCAGUGCCUUGUGCAAUGUGAAUGUGCACGUCUAUGCUAAACCACCAUUUUAUUUGGUUUUUGUUUUGUUUUGGUUUUGCUCAGAUACUUGCCAAAAUGAGACUCUCCAUCAGUGGCUGGGGGAAGGGUCUGAGCCUCUCUUUCCUUUUGGUUUUGGGGUUGUUUUUGUCCCUCUCUGUGGGGGAACCAAAGGGGUCAGAUGGGCUUCCCUUUCCCCCUAGGCUUUCCCUGUCCUGGGCUGUGGGCCUCCUGGGCCUGCGCUCCCUCUGGCUGGGGCUGCCUGUGGGCUUGUCCCCCAAGAGGCCCUGGCUCCGGUCUGGAAGGAAGCACCCUCCAGCCAGUGUGUGCACAUCGCCGGGGCUGGGAGCAGGGAAGGACCACUUGGCUGUCUUCUUUCGGGGAGAGCAUAGUUUCGUGUUAGAUGUUUUAUGUAUUAUAUCUAUAAUAUAAACAUAUCAAAGUGAA